CAGGUAAAGCAAGUUGGAGAGUCUUCCCUACUUGUACAGACUGGAUGCCUUGGGAGAGUAAAGAUAAGCUAUGGAGCCUUUAACUUCCAGGUCACUGAUUGUAGUCCAGCCUGGGUUAGAGGAAGUACUGAAAAUUAUUCCCAUCUGAGAGCUGUUUGGUGGCCUUUGUGAAUGCACUUCCAGGGUUAUCUCCCACUGGUUCCUGGCAGGACCUGUACCUACAUCACAAAAAACACCAAUACAAUUGAGCUACUUCCUACUCUGCCAUUGGCAGCCUCAGCAGACAGGUCAGAGAGUCAGUGAGCCAUGGGAACUGAGCAUUCCUUUUGAUCCUAAAAAUGGUCCUUCCAGCACACAUCUCAGUUACGUUAGCAAGAAGUGUUGAUUAAGUGAAGCUUGCACCGGUACCUCCCAUGGUACAAAAAGGAAGACUUUGGUUUGCAGGGCUGUUGAUGAUGGUGUGGUACCUUUCACCGACACUAAACACACGUAAGAUGUGAAUUCAGGCUCCAGAAAUCUGGACUCUUUGGACACAUAUGUUGUACUCGUGGCUUAAGCACUUUGCCCUGUCACCGAGGCACAGUAUGGAAGCCAUUGCCAAAUUUGAUUUCAAUGCUUCUGGAGAGGAUGAACUGAGUUUCCGUACCGGGGACGUUCUAAAGAUUUUAAGCUCCCAGGAAGAGUGGUACAGGGCUGAGCUGAGAAGUCACGAAGGAUAUGUCCCCAAGAACUUCAUAGAUAUUCACAUUCCCAUCUGGUUUAAUGAAGGAAUAUCCCGCCAUGAGGCAGAGAACUUACUCAUGAGCAAAGAAGUUGGCUCUUUCAUCAUCCGAGCCAGCCAGAACUCCCCUGGUGACUUCUCCAUCUCUGUCAGGCAUGAGGAUGAUGUCCAGCACUUCAGGGUGAUGAGGGAUACAAAGGGGAACUACUACUUAUGGACAGAGAAAUUCCAGUCACUGAACAAAUUGGUGGAGUACUAUAAGACCUCCUCUAUCUCUAGGCAGAAGCUGAUAUUCCUGAGAGAUGAGAGCCAAGAAGAGAAGGAGAGGCGUGGUGGGAGCCUGGAACGGGGGGCACAGGAAGGACUCCACCUGAGUGGAGCAGCUGGAGAAAUCCGAGCAUCAAUGUCCAAGAGAUAUACAGAUCCCUCACCACCCCUGCAGCAGCAGCAACAGGACAGAGGUGGUGGGAGCCUGGACAGGAAGGAUGGGCUUCAUCGUCUCAGAGACCAUGGAGAAGGGAGUGCAGCAUCCAUGUACCGGAGACAAACAGAACCAUCAUUUCAACAUUCACAGCAUACACUAUGGGUCCAAGCCCUGUAUGACUUUGAGGCAUUGGAAUGUGAUGAGCUAGGAUUCCGCAGUGGAGACAUCAUAGAAGUCCUGGACAACUCUAACCCAUGUUGGUGGAAAGGGCGCCUGCGGGGCAAAUUGGGUCUCUUCCCUUCCAACUAUGUUACACCAGUGACCCGGUGAUUCUGCAGCAUUCCAAGAUGAGUUGGGAUGAAGCUGCUCUGGCGAGUCGGGGGCAGAGAGAGCAUCUUCCAUGCAACUGGAACAUACCACAUUUUUAUUACAAUAAUAAUUUAUUGGCAGUUGACCUAUUGAUUAGUUAAUAUUAAAGGGACUUCUGUAGAGGGGUGGGAUUUUUCUCUCCUUUUACACCCCAGUGUUAGAGGGAGCAAGAAUCCUGGAUCAUCCAUGAGGUCUUGCUGGAUCCUGCCUGCUCUGCCAUCAUUUUGGGAAAAUGUUGCUAACUCAGACUUUGCUAAAUUAGAUAAGUCACAUGAGAACCCACCUCAAGCAAGCCAGGUUUCAGCUUGUAGGCAGCCCCACCUCCUCCAACAUCUGAGCACCACCUUUUGGACCUUGCAACAUGCCAUCUAGCAAAGGAAGGGAUGUGGUCUGGUAAACUGCUCCUGUAAACUGGUGUACAGAGCAAUGUGGGACCAAUAUAUGGGGAGGGAGAGAAACCAAGUUCUUUGCAGCUUCUUAAAGACCUGCCCUCAUGCACUCCUGCCCAUACCACAUGUACUCCUGUCCACUGUCCAAGCUGCCUUCCAAGAUAUCCUGCACUUUCCAUUAAACAUUUGUGUAAGGGGGCCUGGCUUUUCAGCCAAACCAAUAGUCACCAGCUGGAAAUAUGGUGGAUGUCACCAAUAGUUUUGUUAAAUUGGAAUUUUUUUUGUGGUAUGUUGCUGCCUAAAAAUCCUCCUCCUAUAUUUUUGGAAAUCUGGAAUCCCUGUUUAUCUCUCUCUCUCUCUCUCUCUCUCGCAAAGGUAUGUGAUCUUUGCAGGGACGGCAGAAGACAACUGUAUAUGGUUGUGUAGCACCAUGAUAUCUUUAGAAAUUGUCCCAAUUUCACAUCCCUGAUUUUCCAUCCACCCCUCUCAUGGCCUCCAGCUUCCCCAUAUCUAGCUUCUGUUUCACCUCUCCUGAGGCCAUGUCUACAUCUAAAAUUUUGCAGCGCUGGUUGUUACAGCUGUAUUAGUACAGCUGUAUA